UGGAAUACCUCCUGUUGUCUCCGUCCACUACCCCUGGGGGCUCAGCUCGGCCCCAUCUCCUGACUAUCCUCACCCCGGUGCUGAGGUGCCCUCUGGGUCUGGGGCCCGAACACGGAGUUUCACCCAGGCUUCCUCCCCCACCUCCUGAACCAGAAUCUCCAGCGCAGUUCCCCAGAAAGCUGGAGGUGCUUGCUGACCCCUUCCCUGGAGGUUCUGACUCAGUAGGUCAGCUGGGCCUGGGAAUCAAGAGGUUUUAGUGCACAGCCCUGCUGGUGUAGCACUUUCUACAGAGUACUGGAAACCAUGUAGUUAUAUGUCUCCACGACUAGGACCGUUCAUUAUUAUACCCGUACCCACUUGAUGGCAUGGCGCCCCCACCCCCAGAGCGGCAUUACCCCCUGUCCUCUAGGGGGCAGAAUCAUCCCAUUGGAGAACCACUGCUCUAGGUGCACUUCCACCCUGGCCCUGGGGACGCAGAUUCAGAAAGCCUGAGCACGGGGCCUGGAGGUCUGCGCCUUCUCACCUAUGCCCUGGUGGCGAUGUGGAUUCACAGUGUGUCUCCCUUCACAGAGAGAGAGGCUGAAGGCAGAGUGGUUGAAAAGUACGAUUAUGUGUUUCCAGAAAAUGGCUUGGUAGCAUACAAAGAUGGGAAAUUCUUGUGUAAGCAGAAUAUUCAGGGUUACCUGGGCGAGGCCCUAAUCCAAGACUUAAUCAACUACUGUCUGAGCUACAUUGCGAAAAUUAAACUCCCGAAGAAGAGGGGUACCUUUAUUGAAUUCCGGAAUGGGAUGUUAAACGUGUCCCCUGUCGGAAGAAGCUGCAGCCAGGAAGAACGCAUGGAGUUCUAUGAACUUGAUAAAAAAGAAAAUAUAAGAAAGAAAUUUGUGGCGGAUCUGCAGAAAGAGUUUGCAGGAAAAGGCCUCACAUUUUCCAUAGGAGGCCAGAUCAGCUUUGAUGUCUUUCCUGAUGGAUGGGACAAGCGGUAUUGCCUGGGACAUGUGGAAAAUGACGGCUUUAAGACCAUUUAUUUCUUUGGAGACAAGACCAUGCCAGGCGGCAACGACCACGAGAUCUUCACGGACCCGAGGACCGUGGGCUACACCGUGGCAGCGCCCGAGGACACACGCAGGAUCUGUGAAGAGCUCUUCUCGUGACGCCCCUUCCCUGCUGCCAGGCCUGGAGGGGUCCCCGCUGGCCAGACCCGAGCUCCCUCCCUCCACGUCAGUGCCUCCCUCCGGCUCCCAGUGCGAGGUGGCCCCCACUCCAGCGCCAGAAGCAGCCAAGGGAGGCUCAGGGGUGCCUCCAGCAGGAGUCUCCGACGCCCCUGGUGUGGGGUCCCAGCAACGUAUUUUCGGAAAUUUCCCCGCCAUGCUAGGAUGGCACAGAAAGAACAGAUGUGCCCGGACCUUCCCUCUUCAUGAAAAACAUAACAUGUGGGCCUGUGUCAAAACUGAACGUGGGGUUUGGUGACUGGGACAGGACAUGUACACCAAUCCAACGCAGGACAGAGGUUUUCAAAACAUGUCCUGAAAUAAGGCUCCUGCCCGAGCGUCGGCUGGUGGGGGCCCGGGAACCGUGCGCACUGUGGCCAGGCCGUGUUAAGCUCGGACCACAUGCACGCUGUUCUAACCUGUAUUCCAGCCUCAUUUCCUGUCCGUGAGACGCAGACCUCACUAUGGUCCGUGGACAGAUGGCUGGCCGGUGACACCUGACCCCCAGGAGUCUGCACCUCAGCCGGCCUGUGCGGUUGGCUCUGCGCUCACUACAGCCCAGCUGCUUCUCUAACCAUCGAGAUGGGAGCAAAGAGGAACCACCGUCCCUGCGGAGAAUCGGCAGACAGCCCUUACCUGGCUGCUGGGUCACCGCCCAGGCUCAGAGAGACAGGGUGUCACUGUGCCGGAGGAACCUUCUCACCGGGCCUGGCCAGGCUUCCCCAGGCCGCCCCCGGGACUGUCAGGGAUCAGGACGGAGCCCGGAUGACUGACGGGCCAGGAGCUGCAGCGUCUCUGCAGACCUUGUAAUGAAUAAAGGUGUCCGUGCAGGCCCUCGCCCCAGCUGGCCUGAGGGGUAGGGGCAGCCGGGAUUGGGACCGUGACCCUCCUUCCCGACCUCGUUCCGCCGGUUCCUUGUAACCGGACGGCAUCUCCAGGCCUCGCCUGAACACGGCAGAGCAGCUCUCCAAGCAGACGGCUCACAGGUCCCUUCUCAGGACCUGUACGUGGUGGGCAUCUGGGGCUCUGCUCUGCGGCGCACCACCAGGUGCCUCAGCAGAGGGAGCCGGCCCCUUCCGAACCUGGCCUCCCACGGGCCUCCCAGGCUCGUCCCAGCUCUGCUCAGGCUGGGGAGGCCGCCCCUCUCCCGCCCCCACCACACAGGCCGGACCUUCCUCAGCGGUUCCCAGGACACAGCCAUCCAGCGUAUCUUUCCAUCUUGAAUCAGAAUGGAAAAUAGCAAAUAAAGUGAUUUUACUGUUCA